GCCUCGUGCAGACCCCCCGCGGGCCGGCUGGAGAGAGGCGGGGCUCCGGGGCGCGUGCGCGGCGACCUGGGCUGCGGGCCCCUCCCUUGGCGGAGGCGCGCGGCGCGGAGGACCGCACGGAAAGGGGGAAGUCAGGUGGCCGCUGCCGCCGCCGCCGCCGCCGCCGCGGUUUGUCGCCAGAAGGAAAAUGGCGGAUCUGGAGGAGCAGUUGUCUGAUGAGGAGAAGGUGCGUAUAGCAGCAAAAUUCAUUAUUCAUGCCCCUCCUGGAGAAUUUAAUGAGGUGUUUAAUGAUGUUCGGUUACUGCUUAAUAAUGAUAAUCUUCUCAGGGAAGGAGCAGCUCAUGCAUUUGCACAGUAUAAUUUGGACCAGUUUACUCCAGUAAAAAUUGAAGGUUAUGAAGAUCAGGUAUUGAUAACAGAACAUGGAGACUUGGGAAAUGGAAAGUUUUUGGAUCCCAAAAACAGAAUCUGUUUCAAAUUUGAUCACUUAAGAAAGGAAGCGACUGAUCCAAGACCAUAUGAAGCAGAAAAUGCAGUUGAGUCAUGGAGAACUUCAGUAGAAACUGCUCUGCGAGCUUAUGUAAAAGAACAUUAUCCAAAUGGGGUCUGCACUGUAUAUGGUAAAAAAAUAGAUGGACAGCAAACCAUUAUUGCAUGCAUAGAAAGCCAUCAGUUCCAAGCAAAAAACUUUUGGAAUGGUCGUUGGAGGUCAGAGUGGAAGUUUACAAUCACUCCUUCAACCACUCAAGUGGUUGGCAUCUUGAAAAUUCAGGUUCAUUAUUAUGAAGAUGGUAAUGUUCAGUUAGUGAGUCAUAAAGAUAUACAAGAUUCCCUAACAGUGUCUAAUGAGGUGCAGACAGCAAAAGAAUUUAUAAAGAUUGUAGAAGCUGCAGAAAAUGAAUACCAGACCGCCAUCAGUGAGAAUUAUCAGACAAUGUCGGACACUACUUUCAAAGCCUUACGUCGACAGUUGCCAGUUACACGCACUAAGAUCGAUUGGAACAAGAUCCUUAGCUACAAGAUUGGCAAAGAGAUGCAGAAUGCAUAAGAUGAACACUGCAUGACCGGAUCAUUUUAGUGUCUUUGCGUUUUAAAAAAAAUCAUUGCAAAAGUAUUCAGAACUGUCAAGCUACCCAGUCAGGUGGGCUGUUGCCAUUUAAAAUCACUGUAAUUAAUUAGUUUGGUUAGAGCACAAAGCUUAGCUAAUCAACCAUUAUUUUUCUCAUUUCUUUUGUUCACAGAGGAUUGAAAAUCAGUUAAGUUUAAAUGUCUUUUACUUUCUGUUAUACCUAUCUUUCUUACAAUUAAGAGAUGACUCCUCUAGUUUAAUGUUAAAAGUUUUUGAAGUUUUCAAAAAUAUUUUACUUAUCGUAACCCUAAAAUUAUUGUCUUUUGGUUUAUGAAGUGGGUAACUUUUGAUAUUUGCCCAGUUCUUUUUAAUGGGGUCAAUAAUGGACAUUCUAGUUUAAGGUGGUUGAUGGAUUUAGCCAUAUAUGCUGCUAAAGAAAUUGUCUACCUUUUCCCCCUCACCUCUUCCAUUUAUGUAAGAUUGAGAUUAGAGGGAAAGCAUUUUCUAUAUCAAUUGUGUUUGGACCUUUCAAGAAGGUUAUUUAGCUAGCUUAGUGUUUAACUAAACUUUUUUUAAACGAGGCCAAGGUCUAAUGCUGUUUUGAGAUUCUGAAAUUAAAUGAAAAUACUUAUUUCAGAAAUGCAUUUAAUGCUUCUUUUCUUGUGACAGUUACGCAAAUUAGCUUGAAUUCCAUAUGUCCCUGAGUUAUUUUUAUCAUAAAGCCACAAAUGUAUUAUAACAAGGCAAAUUGUAAUAUAUAUAAUCCUGAACUCAUGACCAUGUCUCAGUUUAUUUCUUUUCUUGGAUUGAAAAGUACUGAAAUUCAGUGUGACAUUAAAAUGAAAAUUUUCCUAUUUA